AUGAUACCCAACCAACUCUCGGUUUUCUUCAUGGUCAUCUAUUUUCUUGAGUCCUUGACAAUAAUUUUGCAGAGUAGCCUAAUUGUUGCAGUGCUGAGCAGAGAAUGGGUACAGGUCAAAAGACUGUCACCUGUGGACAUGAUUUUCAUCAGCCUGGGUGUCUGUCGCUUCUGUCUACAGUGGUCAUCAGUACUGUACAAUUUUUGCUCCUAUUUCAGCCCUAACUUUGUACUUCGGUACGUAUCAAUCUUCUGGGAAUAUACUAAUACUCUUACAUUCUGGUUAACCAGUUUGCUUGCCUUCGUCUACUGUGUCAAAAUCUCUUCCUUCACCCAUCCCAUCUUCCUCUGGCUGAGGUGGAGAAUUUUGAGGUUAAUUCCCUGGAUGUUGCUGGGAUCCCUGCUGAUUUCCUGUGUGACAAUCAUUUUUUCAGCUUUUAGGUAUCACAGCGAGAUUCAGUUAUUCUUCAUGAUGCAGUUCCCUGGAAACAACACCGUGACUGAGAGACUCAAGACAUUUGUGGAAAAUGUGCAGGUGUCUCAGCAAAUGGUUAUGCUGACUAUUCCUUUCCUCCUGUUCCUGGCCUCCACCAUCCUGCUCAUAGUCUCAUUGUCCCAACACUCAGGGCAGAUGCAACAUCACAACACUGGCCACAGCAACUCCAGCAUGAAAGCUCUCUCCACUGCCCUGAGGUUUCUUGCCUUCGUCGCCAUCCUUUUUACCUCUUACUUUCUGAGCAUAAUCUUCUCCACUCUCCACAUCCUAUGGGAUACGACCUCCUGGUUCUGGGCUGGGGAAGCUGUCAUCUACGCUAUAGUCUCUAUUCAUUCCACUUCAUUAAUGCUGAGCAACCCUAAAUUUAAAAAGGUUUUAAAGGUUCGGGUCCGAGAGAGGUUCUGGGGACCCCGCUCAUCUGGGGGGUGGUGGGAGCCAAUCUCCCACCCCUCAGGAAUCUUGCGAGAAAAAAAAGAGGAUAGAGGUUGGGUGAUCACGGCAGUCCAAGCACCCCUAGAUGGGCGACUACAGAGCCAGCGUGUUCAGUUGCUUCCCGCCUUGGCAAACUGCACCCUCCGGCACCCUUGCAACCGGUCCCGCGGCGCAGCAGCGCGCGCACGCGCACUCCGCGCCCCGCGCCCGCUCCUCAAAAUUCCAUUCCACGUGUUGCUUGUUGUAGGCGCCACAGGUUCCCCACCUGCGUUCGGCCGGUCUCCGCCCGGCGGUCCGGCGUGCUGGACCGCGGGGUGGGCGGGCCCAGGGCUGGCCUGA